UUUUUUUUGACUUUCAGAACUUUUCUCUUCUUUUAUCUUGGCAAUCCUUUUUUUUUUUCAUUCUCUUCUCUAUCUCACUUGUUCAACUUUUUUUUUAUUUUUACACGGUUGUUUGCAUGGAUACAAAUCUUAUUAAAACAGUCAAUAAACUUCAAGAUGCUUUCUCUACUGUGGGUGUUCAUAAUCCUGUAGAUUUACCUCAAAUCACUGUGAUCGGAUCUCAAUCUAGUGGGAAAAGUUCAGUUUUGGAAAAUAUUGUUGGUAGGGACUUUCUUCCACGUGGUAGUGGUAUUGUUACUCGACGACCUUUAGUUCUUCAACUUAUCAAUCGACCUGCUGUACCAAAAACAAAUGGAACAAUAUCCAAUGAUGAUAAUGAUGAUAAUCAAGAUUCACCUGUUACUGGAAAUGGAAAUAAUCCUGAUGAAUGGGGUGAAUUCCUUCAUUUACCUGGUGAAAAAUUCUAUGAUUUUGACAAGAUUCGUGAUGAAAUUGUACGUGAUACGGAAUUGAAAACUGGCAAAAAUUUGGGCAUUUCUUCUCAACCUAUCAAUCUAAGAAUCUUCUCACCCAAUGUACUGACACUGACUAUGGUAGAUUUACCAGGUUUAACAAAGGUACCAGUCGGCGAUCAACCAAAAGACAUUGAAAUUCAAAUUCGUGACAUGCUACUCAAAUAUAUCACUAAACCAAAUGCAAUCAUUUUAGCAGUAACAGCGGCAAAUACUGAUUUGGCAAACUCUGAUGGUUUGAAAAUGGCUCGUGAAGUGGAUCCUGAAGGUUUACGUACGAUUGGUGUCUUGACAAAAAUUGACUUGAUGGAUGAUGGGACGGACGUGAUAGAUAUUUUGGCUGGUAGAGUAAUUCCAUUGCGUUUAGGUUAUGUUCCUGUGGUCAAUCGUGGACAACGUGAUAUUGACAGCAAGAAAAUGAUCACAAAGGCUUUGGAAGCAGAGCAUCAAUUCUUUGAAAAUCAUCCAUCAUAUAAAAGUAAGGCUCAAUACUGUGGUACUCCUUUUUUGGCACGAAAAUUGAAUAUGAUCUUAAUGCAUCAUAUUAGAACAACUUUACCGGAAAUCAAAUCUAAAAUUCAAGCUGCUUUAAUCAAAUACCAACAAGAACUUCUCCAACUAGGCGAUCCACUGACCGAUGGGAAAGGAGGGCAAGCCAAUAUGGUGUUGAAUAUUAUCACUGAAUUUUGCACAGAAUUCCGCACAAUCAUUGAUGGCAACUCCAAUGAUUUAUCAAGUUUUGAAUUAUCUGGUGGUGCGCGUAUUAGCUUUGUAUUCCAUGAACUCUAUUCCAAUUGCAUCAAGAGUAUCGACCCUCUAGAACAAACCAAGGAUUCCGAUAUUCGUAUGAUCCUCUACAACUCUUCCGGUUCUUCUCCUGCAUUAUUUGUUGCUACCACUGCUUUUGAAGUCAUCAUCAAACAACAAAUCAAACGUUUAGAAGAUCCCAGUAUCAAAUGUAUCAAUAUGGUUUAUGAUGAACUUGUACGAAUCUUGGGUCAACUUUUGACGAAACAGUUUUUCAAACGGUUCCCUGCUAUGAAAGAAAAGUUUUAUCAAGUUGUUCUUGCCUUUUUCAAAAAAGCUGUAACGCCUACAACUAAAUUGGUAACAGAUCUAGUAGCUAUGGAAUCAUGUUAUAUCAACACAGCUCAUCCAGACUUUUUGAAUGGACAUCAAGCAAUUGCUACGGUGAAUGAACGACUACAUCCUAAACCUCAAACUAACGGAACCAAUGGUAUUGAACAUGGAAGCAAACCCACUAGUCGAAAUGCACCCACUGCUGCUCAUCAAUCGCCCUCCUUAUCAACAAGUAAUAGUCAUCUCAGUUUGGAUUCAAAUGCUACAGGUACUGAAAGCGGAUCCUUUUUUGGAAGUUUCUUUGCUGGUAACAAGAAAACAAAGAAAUCUGGAAGUGCAUUGAUGGAUUCAGCCGUCUUUGAUACUCCUCCUGCUUCUCUCAAGGCUACUGGAGCAUUAUCGGAACGGGAACAUAUGGAAACCGAAGUCAUCAAACUCUUGAUCCAGUCCUAUUACAAUAUUGUGAAACGAACAAUGAUUGACAUGGUACCCAAGGCUAUCAUGUUGAAACUUGUGAGUCGUGCCAAGGAAGAGUUACAAAGGGAAUUACUGACGGAAUUGUACAAGGCUGAUGUUUUGGAUGAUCUCUUACAAGAAUCUGAUUUCACUCAACAAAGACGAAAGGAAUGCAAGAAAAUGAUUGAGGCUCUUCAAAAGGCAGAUGCAAUUGUGGCAUCCGUUUGAAAUGGGAUAAGAAUGGGGUUCAGGUUGAAGGGGAUCAUUCAAUAUAGUUUUAUAAUUUUAGGUUUUGUUGUUUAUAUCUUUACAUAAAUAAAGAAUAUAUAAAUAUCUA